CAAAGCUAGGGGAGGAGCCUGCUGUUGCCCCAGCAACAACCACGGAACCCAAGGCGAGCGCGGUGGCGGAAGCAUCGCGGCUUCCAUAUCUCGCAGCCAGGAAGGUCUUGGGAGAAGCGCGAGCCAGGUCUGGUCGGCGCCCGCGGAGAAGAAAACCCGUCAAGCCCAUGAACUAACCCCCGUUGCCGCUUUCGCCUCUCCUAACCGGUGCGCCAAGGGCCAUGGCUGAGGUGCACGUGAUCGGGCAGAUCAUGGGGGCCAGCGGUUUCUCGGAAAGUAGCCUCUUCUGCAAGUGGGGCAUUCACACAGGGGCAGCAUGGAAGCUCCUGUCAGGUGUGCGGGAGGGCCAAACGCAAGUGGACACCCCGCAGAUAGGGGACAUGGCUUACUGGUCCCACCCCAUCGACCUGCACUUCGCCACCAAAGGUCUUCAAGGCUGGCCCCGGCUCCAUUUCCAGGUGUGGUCCCAGGACAGCUUUGGCCGCUGCCAGCUUGCAGGCUAUGGAUUUUGCCAUGUGCCCAGCAGCCCGGGCACCCACCAGCUGGCCUGCCCCACGUGGCGGCCCCUGGGCAGUUGGCAAGAGCAGCUGGCACGGGCUUUCGUGGGUGGUGGGCCGCAGCUGCUGCAUGGGGAUACCAUGUACAGUGGGGCCGACCGCUAUCGCCUGCACACAGCUGCUGGUGGCACCGUGCACCUGGAGAUCGGCCUGCUGCUCCGCAACUUCGACCGCUACGGCGUCGAGUGCUGAGGGACUCUGCCUCCAACGUCACCACCAUCCACACCCCGGACACCCAGUGAUGGGGGAGGAUGGCACAGUGGUCAAGAGCACAGACUCUAGAGACCGUCAGCGCCGACCCCAGCUAAGGCAUGGCACUGCUUCUGUCCUUUCUAGGACCUCUGGGUCCCUCUGGGCCCAGUUUCCCUAUCUGUAAAUUGGGGACAGUAAAUGUAUGGGGUCGCAGGGUGUUGAGUGACAAGAGGCUGCUUAGCCACAUGGGAGGUUCUCAGUAAAGGAGAGCAAUUCUUACAGG